CCAGGCAUGAACGUUUUCUUGUGAGUAAGGCUCUCUUUAGUUGCAAGUUCUCUUCAGGGAACCCGGUUGGUCCACACGUUCUCAAAAUGAUUGGUUACAUAACCAAUCUAGAGAAACUCGGGUUCUCCUUGCAGAAGGAGCUGGCAACGGACCUGAUCCUGCAGUCGCUCCCUGAGCUGUAUAAGGGUUUUGUCAUGAACUACAUGAUGCAUGAUCUUGACAAACCCCUUCCGGAGCUUCUUAAAAUGCUCCAGACUGCAGAGGAGAACCUUACUAAGGGCAAGGGUGCUUCCGUCCUUAUGGUCCAAGGCGGAAAGGGGGAAGCCGAAGAAGGGGAUUAAGAUUAAGGCUAGGACGGUCGGAAAGCCUAAAUCGAAGUCCACUUCAUCUGCAACCCAGAAACCCAUAGGAGGAGUUGCAAAGGGAAAAUGUCAUCAUUGUGCCAAGAGGAACAAACCGAUCGGUUUGAACCAAACAUACCUAUGGCAUUGUAGGUUAGGCCAUAUAAACGAGAAACGCAUAUCCAAGCUACAUCGGUCGGGAAUGCUGGAUUCAUUUGAUCUUGAAUCAUAUGACACAUGCGAAUCUUGUUUA